AACAAUCCAAGGCAGCUAGCUAGCUUGAAGCUUCGUCAUGGAGGUCGAUCGAUCAAUCGAACUGCCUGUGGUCGAACAAGAAGGAACGAUGCCGUCGGAGUUGGAUAUCAUGGAGGAGUACGUGGAGACGGUGAAGGAGCGGGAGUCGGAGGCGAAGCUCAAGGACGUGAACCUGGACGACUGGCUCCCCAUCACCUCCUCGCGCACCGCCAAGUGGUACUACUCGGCCUUCCACAACGUGACGGCCAUGGUGGGCGCCGGCGUGCUGGGCCUCCCGUUCGCCAUGUCGCACCUCGGCUGGGGCCCCGGCGUGGCGGUCAUCGCCAGCUCCUUCGGGAUCACGCUCUACACGCUGUGGCAGAUGGUGGAGAUGCACGAGAUGGUGCCCGGGAAGCGCUUCGACCGCUACCACGAGCUCGGGCAGCACGCCUUCGGGAAGAAGCUGGGGCUCUGGAUCAUCGUGCCGCAGCAGCUCGUCGUCGACGUCGGCACCGACAUCGUCUACAUGGUCACCGGCGGCCAGUCGCUCAAGAAGUUCCACGACCUCGUCUGCAACGGCCGCUGCAAGGACAUCCGCCUCACCUACUUCAUCAUGAUCUUCGGCUCCGUCCACUUCUUCCUGUCCCAGAUGCCCAACUUCAACUCCAUCUCCGGCGUCUCCGCCGCCGCCGCCGUCAUGUCCAUCUGCUACUCCAUGGUCGCCUUCUUCGCGUCUGUGCUACACAAACACCCUGCUGCAGUCGGGGCCGCCGUCGACUACGGGCUCAAGGCGGCGACCACGGCGGGGCACGUGUUCGGCGCGCUCAACGCGCUCGGGGCGGUGGCAUUCGCGUUCGCCGGCCACAACGUCGUGCUCGAGAUCCAGGCCACCAUCCCGUCCACCCCGGAGCAACCCUCCAAGAAGCCCAUGUGGCGCGGCGUGCUGGUUGCCUACGCCGUCGUCGCGCUCUGUUACUUCUCGGUGGCCUUCGGCGGGUACUACGCCUUCGGCAACUCGGUCGACCCCAACAUCCUCAUCACGCUCGACAAGCCGCGGUGGCUCAUCGCCCUCGCCAACCUCAUGGUCGUCGUGCACGUGAUCGGCAGCUACCAGGUGUUCGCGAUGCCGGUGUUCGACAUGAUGGAGACGGUGCUCGUGAAGAAGCUCAAGUUCAACCCCGGCCUGCCGCUCCGCCUCACCGCCCGCUCCGCCUACGUCGCGCUCACCAUGCUCGUCGGCAUGACCUUCCCCUUCUUCGACGGCCUGCUCGGGUUCUUCGGAGGCUUCGCGUUCGCGCCCACCACCUACUUCCUGCCAUGCAUCAUCUGGCUCAUGCUGCGCAAGCCCGCCAGAUACAGCGUCACAUGGUUCCUCAACUGGAUAUUCAUCGCCAUCGGAGUUGCGCUGAUGCUGCUGUCCCCCAUCGGUGGGUUGCGCCAAAUCAUCCUUGACGCCAAGACCUUCAAGUUCUACUCUUAAUUAAGCAGAAGAAGCGCACAAGAUGAGACGAUUUAGGAGAAUUUAUAUUUAGGGAUGCUCUCGUGAACAGGUCCUGCUCAUGCAUGUUGUGUAUAUUUAGUUCUUGUUUGUUAGAAUUUCGCCAAUCCCCAAUUGCAUGGAUAAUGCGGUGUAAUAUUUGUAUGAGAAAUUUUGAGUAU